AUGACUUCAGGUACAAGUGCGAAGCGGACUGCGGCCAAGAACAGCACGCCCGCCAAGACUCGUCGCUCUGCUUCCAAAGCUAUCAAAAGCGAAUCUCCUCUACCAGCGACGCCCAGCAACCGCAAAACCACUGGCUUCACGUCCAGAAUCCCGAGCUCCGAGGACAUCCGAAGCAACGGUCGUGUCAACGGUCGUAGCCUGAUCGUUUGGAGCCGCCCUCGCAUGACUGAGAAGCUGUUGCUUCAUCUCCACUACGAAUGUAUACGCCACAAGAUCCAGCUCCCGUGGGAUGCUGCCGCUCACCGUCUUCGGCCUGGCUCCUCUGGCGCUGCGAUCCAGCAGCACAUUGGCCGCCUUCGACGUGAACUCGUUGCUGAAGGUCAUCUCGUCCCGCCCCUGCCGGUUCGUCCCUCCUCCAAGGAGACUGGGCAUGAUCCCGAGAUUCGCGGCUAUGUUCGCGACACGGACGGCGAUCACAAAGCCGCCACUCGCCCCGUUCGAUUCGACGAGGUCUGCGAGGACCUCAAGAUGAACCUGCCUGACUCUUUCAUUAAGGAUGAAGAGGCUGAAGUGGGUGAGACCAAAGACUCCAUUCUGGAGACUCCCUCGCGGGACCUGCCCUUCGAGCAGCAUUUCCCCCAGUCACUGGCGAGCUCCCCUACACCACUGGGCCCUGCCUUUGCGUACUCCCACUCUUAUCCAGAGCCCAGCAGCCAGUUUUUCCUCAAUCAAGCGCACGUUAUGGAGCCCCGCCUGGCACAUGGCUCUUCGUUCAACACCGACUCUACAUCAGCCAGUAGCUUCUCUGACAACAGCGACAAUCACUUGAUGGCGGACGUGAACAUGUUCAUUGGGCCUGGCGCGGCGAUUCCUGAUGGUAGAUUGAGUGUCUCCAUGAGGGCCAUUGAGAACCGACAAGUUGACCAGCCGCGUGCUCAGACGGCCUCGGAGAAAACUUUUACGACCUCUUCCCAUGGGUCCUCCCAGACGUCGGCGAUGAGUUCGGUCGCCACUUCUUUCCAGAGUCAGGACCCCCACGAUCCUUUUCGGGGCCCGCUGCGCCGCCUGGUCUACCAGGGCCCUCCCGAUUUUAGGAGGUGUCCCUACCUGAACCAUCCGGGUGAGCAGCACUUCCCCGAGAUCAGCCCUGCGUACCAGUACCAGGAAGGCCUCGUGAUGCAUGCGGCUGGCGCGCGGAAGAUGCAGGAGGCGAGCCUCCUCGCCGCCAUGCAUGGUGGCCAUGGCCUCCAAGUCCGCGACACUGAUGUUCAGGAGAAUCGAUGGGAGGCCGGCGAGGAAGGUAACCCUGUUGUCAAGGAGGAGGUAGCGACUCGUACAAGAACUCUGAGCCCCGAAGGAACUCAUCUAUGCAUUGACGAAAACAUGGAUGAGUUCGUCCGCGCGUUGAGCUCUGGGGUGCGAGCUUCGGCUCUGUCGUCGGCGGCGUCCAAGUACCGCGCCGGUAGCCUUGGUCAGAUGCGCUUCGCUCACAAGGAGCUCAAGUUCGGUGUUGAGGGUCGCGCCGCUCUCCUCGCUGGUGCCGACACAUUGGCCAAGGCUGUCUCGGCCACCCUCGGCCCCAAGGGUCGCAACGUCCUGAUCGAGUCCAGCUUCGGCUCCCCCAAGAUCACCAAGGAUGGUGUCACCGUCGCUAGGGCCGUAUCCCUCAAGGACAAGUUCGAGAACCUCGGCGCCCGUUUAAUACAGGAUGUCGCUUCCAAGACCAAUGAGGUCGCUGGCGAUGGCACCACGACUGCCACCGUCCUCGCUCGCGCCAUCUUCUCCGAGACCGUCAAGAACGUGGCUGCUGGCUGUAACCCCAUGGACCUGCGCCGUGGUAUCCAGGCAGCCACCGAGGCUGUCGUCGAGUACCUCCAGAAGAACUCGCGUGACAUCACCACGAGCGAUGAGGUGGCCCAGGUUGCCACCAUCUCCGCCAACGGCGACCACCACGUCGGCAAGAUGAUUGCCAACGCCAUGGAGAAGGUCGGCAAGGAGGGUGUCAUCACCGUCAAGGAGGGCAAGACCAUGAGCGACGAGCUCGAGGUCACCGAGGGCAUGCGCUUCGACCGCGGCUUCGUCUCCCCCUACUUCAUCACCGACACCAAGACGGCUAAGGCCGAGUUUGAGGACCCCCUCCUGCUGCUCUCUGAGAAGAAGAUCUCCGCCGUCCAGGACAUCAUCCCUUCUCUCGAGCUGGCCACCAAGAUGCGCCGCCCCCUCGUCAUCAUCGCUGAGGACAUUGAGGGUGAGGCCCUUGCUGUUCUGAUCCUCAACAAGCUCCGUGGUCAAAUCCAGGCCGCUGCCAUCAAGGCUCCCGGCUUCGGCGACAACCGCAAGUCCAUCCUUGGCGACAUUGCCGUCCUCACCAACGGCACCGUCUUCAGCGACGAGCUCGACAUCAAGCUCGACAAGGUCACCCCCGAGAUGCUCGGCAAGACCGGCUCCAUCUCCAUCACCAAGGAGGACACCAUCAUUCUCAACGGUGAGGGCACCAAGGACAGCAUCUCCCAGCGCUGUGAGCAGAUUCGUGGUGUCAUUGCCGACCCCACCACCUCCGAGUACGAGAAGGAGAAGCUCCAGGAGCGUCUGGCCAAGCUCUCGGGUGGUGUCGCCGUCAUCAGAGUCGGUGGCUCUUCCGAGGUCGAGGUCGGUGAGAAGAAGGAUCGCUUCGUCGAUGCUCUGAACGCCACCCGUGCUGCCGUGGAGGAGGGUAUCCUCCCCGGUGGUGGAACUGCCCUGAUCAAGGCUUCCGUCUCCGCUCUCAACAACAUCAAGACUGCCAACUUUGACCAGCAGCUCGGUGUCACGAUUGUCAAGAACGCCAUCACUCGCCCUGCCCGUGCCAUUGUCGAGAACGCCGGUCUCGAGGGCUCUGUCAUUGUUGGCAAGCUCACCGACGAGCACGGCGCCGACUUCCAGAAGGGCUUUGACAGCUCCAAGGGCGAGUACGUCGACAUGAUCGAGGCUGGUAUCCUGGACCCUCUCAAGGUCGUCCGCACUGGUCUCCUGGACGCCAGUGGUGUCGCUUCUCUCCUGGGUACCACCGAGGUCACCAUCGUUGAGGCCCCUGAGGAGAAGGGUGCUGCCGCUCCUCCCAUGGGCGGCAUGGGAGGCAUGGGUGGCAUGGGCGGUAUGGGUGGCAUGAUGUAA